CGGAGAGCCGCAAGCAGCGGCCGGAGCGCGCAGCCCAACACCCGGGCCCCAGACUCCGCGGACACCCGGAGAGGCAGCGCCGGAGCCCUGACGCCUCCCUCGGCCCCAGCUCCCUCCGCAGAGGAGCCGCAGCGUGAGCGCCCCUCGGCCCGCUCAGGACCAGGACUAAGGACCAAAAGUGUUUCUGGGCACUGAGAUCCUCCAUCUCUGCCCCAAGCCAUGAGCCGGCGCGUGGUUCGGCAGAGCAAGUUUCGCCAUGUGUUUGGGCAGGCGGCAAAGGCUGACCAGGCAUACGAGGACAUCCGUGUGUCCAAGGUCACGUGGGACAGCUCCUUCUGUGCCGUCAACCCCAAAUUCCUGGCCAUUAUUGUGGAGGCUGGAGGUGGAGGUGCCUUCAUCGUCCUGCCUCUGGCCAAGACAGGACGAGUGGAUAAGAACUACCCACUGGUCACUGGGCACACUGCCCCAGUGUUGGACAUCGACUGGUGCCCACACAAUGACAAUGUCAUCGCCAGUGCCUCAGACGACACCACCAUCAUGGUGUGGCAGAUCCCAGACUAUACCCCUAUGCGCAACAUUACAGAACCCAUCAUCACACUAGAAGGCCACUCCAAGCGCGUGGGCAUCCUCUCCUGGCACCCCACUGCCCGGAAUGUCCUGCUCAGUGCAGGUGGUGACAAUGUGAUCAUCAUCUGGAACGUGGGCACUGGGGAGGUGCUCCUGAGCCUGGACGAUAUGCACCCGGACAUCAUCCACAGCGUGUGCUGGAACAGCAAUGGCAGCCUGCUAGCCACCACCUGCAAGGACAAGACCCUGCGCAUUAUCGACCCCCGAAAGGGCCAGGUGGUGGCGGAAAGGUUUGCGGCCCACGAGGGGAUGAGGCCCAUGCGGGCCAUCUUCACGCGCCAGGGUCAUAUCUUCACCACGGGCUUCACCCGCAUGAGCCAGCGAGAGCUGGGCCUGUGGGACCCGAACAACUUCGAGGAGCCAGUGGCACUGCAGGAGAUGGACACAAGUAACGGGGUUCUACUGCCCUUCUAUGAUCCCGACUCCAGCAUCGUCUACCUGUGCGGCAAGGGCGACAGCAGCAUUCGGUACUUUGAGAUUACUGACGAACCACCUUUCGUGCACUACCUGAACACGUUCAGCAGCAAGGAACCCCAGAGGGGCAUGGGUUUCAUGCCCAAGCGGGGCCUGGAUGUCAGCAAAUGCGAGAUCGCCCGGUUCUUCAAGUUGCACGAAAGAAAGUGUGAACCCAUCAUCAUGACUGUGCCCCGCAAGUCAGACUUGUUCCAGGACGACCUAUACCCAGAUACGCCGGGCCCCGAGCCGGCCCUAGAAGCGGACGAAUGGCUAUCGGGCCAGGACGCCGAACCGGUGCUCAUCUCGCUGAGGGACGGUUACGUCCCCCCCAAGCAUCGCGAGCUCCGAGUCACCAAGCGCAACAUCUUGGACGCGCGCCCGCCGUCAGGCCCCCGCCGCAGCCAGUCAGCCAGCGAUGCCCCCUUGUCGCAGCAGCACACUCUGGAGACGCUGCUGGAGGAGAUCAAGGCCCUUCGCGAGCAGGUGCAAGCGCAGGAGCAGCGCAUCACCGCCCUGGAGAACAUGCUGUGCGAGCUGGUAGACGGCACGGACUAGCACAGCGCUCCCGGGACGAGCCGAGCCUGGAGGGCGAGGCCGGCCGCGCCGGGGGCACGGAAUCGGCCUGCCCAGGCUUUGGGUCUGGACCUUGGGACCCUGCCUCUCUGGGCUGGGGUCGGGGCUGGGAAUGGAACUGCUCCCCUCGCGGGAGGCCUGGACAAAUGGAGCGUCGCGGAGACGCGCAUUCAUCUGGCACCCGGGCUGCGUGCCUCGUUCGGAACUCAGCAGGAGCUGGCCUCGGGAGGUCGGGGUGGCAGGGCCUCGGCAACGGCGCUGCGCGGCGAGAUGGUGUUCCCUCUGUCCCCAGCAGGGCAGAGGAAGUACUUAGUUAUUAGCGCGAUGAUUGGGGAUACUGGGGAACUUGGGUUGACCUUAAAGGGGUGGCGAUUCGACAGAUGUCCCUAGACUAGCUGGGGGAAAUUACAAGGCCACUCCCUCGAAUCAGCUCUCAUGAUUCCACCAACAUGAGUGGUAAACUGGACUGGCGUCACCCCAGUUCUACAGACAUACGCAAUCUGUUGGCUGUAGAGCUGGACCCACUGGCUACUCCCAGCAGAGGGCUCUCUUCCUUCCCACCCGCAGGGAAGAGGGCGGCUUCCCCACAAGAGCUAACAAAACUUGCUGGAGGAAGCAGGUUCACCCCCACCCCAUUGCCCCCCCCGCACUG